GGCAGCACCUUUAACAGUAAAACCAAAGAAGAAGAACCCGCACAUGCGCAGUGUGGGUCUGAUUGAGUGUUGGUGAAGAUGUCUGCGCCCAUAGACCUGGAGCUGAAGAAGGCGUUCUCGGAGCUGCAGGUGAAGAUGAUCGACACGCAGCAGAAGGCGAAGUUGGCUGAUCUGCAGAUCGAUCAGCUGACUCGAGUUCAGAAACUCGCCAAGCUAACCAACGCAGAGAUCAGCACCCUGUCCGACAACACAAGGCUCUACGAGGGAGUCGGACGCAUGUUCAUUCUUCAGUCUAAGGAGGAUAUCAACAAUCAGCUGAUGGACAAACAGAAAACAGCUGAAGAGAAAAUUAAAGAGCUUGAGGUACAAAUACACAAUAAGUACACACUGAGAUACACGAUAAGUACACAAUAAGUACACACUGAGAUACACAAGUACACAAUAAGUACACACUGAGAUACACAAUAAGUACACACUGAGAUACACGAUAAGUACACAAUAAGUACA